GCGGCGGACAUUGACAACACAAAACAAAGAGACACAGAGUUCGAAAAUCAAGAAACCCUAGUAUUAACAUUAACAGCCCAUUCCAAACCCUAAUCAGCCGUCACUGUCUGCAGAUUUAGAGAAAACAAAACUUGUCUUUGUUAAUUUGACGACUAUUUCACAAAUUUUAUCAUCUAUCCGUCAGUCGCAUUGACCAAGAACAAUAUUUCUGGGGUUUCGAGGGUCCCAGAGGAAAAAAAAAAUCAUUAAACAUAAUUUGCGGAGGAAAAAUCGACAGACAACUUUACACGUCUGUUUUUCUUCAAUCACCAGGAAGAUCAUUCACGUCAAAAUUACUGCACCGAAAAACAUUCGAAAUUUGAGAAACAAAUUGCUUUAAUAACUUAUGCUAUUAAAAAUGGCGCACCAGCAGCAACGUCAGCGCCGCGGCGGUGGUGGGGGAGGCGGCUAUGUCGGAUCCUUCGCUUCCGCCACUGCGCCACCUGCACAUCAGCAGUCAGCUUGCAAUACCAUUGGUUGCUCUUUCUCUGACGGCGCAAUUAUUAUGCCAGGCUGGCACAGGCAGGCCAGUUCACAUAAGCAGCAGCAGGACAAGGUCGAGCAGGAACAGCAGAGUCAUUUGAAUUUCCCUCAGUUGCUAAAACCUAGAAGGCAACUGCAAGACAUUCAAGAACAACCUGCUCAUCAGGCACAUGAGUUUCAAGAUAGUUUUGAGGGUGUUCCAAUGCAGCCAUCAACAAUCUUGUGUGAGGCAGUACCCCAAGAGUAUUUGCACAAAGUCAAAAUGCAGAGUUUGCAAGCUGAAGAGUACCUGCAAUUUGCUUUCCUGGAUGCUCAGAGAAAUGCAUCUCAGAACAUACACCUCAAUAAUUUUACUCUACAUGACGUGAGUCAACUUUUUCCACAGUUGUCCAUGUUCAGAAAAUCACCAGGCCACUUUUUGCACAUUGAAACACAAACAAAUCUACAAGAUGGUAGUAGAAGUAAUUUUCUCAAGUCUCAGCAGACACAGAUGACACCAUUAGUGGGCAACAACAUCGAAAAAUUAUUUGAUGUGCAAAAUCAAUGUCAAUUGAAAAACAAUAUGCCUUCCCAAUUCAUGGAUAGCACUCAAUCGCAAGAUCUUCAGGUAUAUUCUGCCGUGGAACAGGAUACAAACAUCAGGGCUCCUCCAUUCAAUCCUGAUAUUCAAGCCAAUCUAGCAGCAAAACAUAAGGUUUCUGACAGAUAUAUUACAGAAGAACAGAGUAACAGGUUGCAGACUGGACAAAAUAUUGCAUCUUCAUCAUGUGUCCAGAAUAAUGCAAGUUUGACAAUCAAAGACUCUGUGAGUGGUAGCAUUUUUGAUAGUGAUGUGAUAUACUCGAAUUCUUUGCAGAGUGGUAUGACUGAAUCCUUUCCAAAGGUGAGGAACCUUGCAUUGGCUGAAUGCCACUUUGUGCCUGAAGCUGGGGAUUGUGAUUUUAAAAACACAUGGUUUGGUGGCAACAAGUCUCUUGAUGCAUAUGAUAAUACUAUAACAUCUUUUAGUCACUGUUCGCUACCUUCUUCUGAUUUUACUCAGAAAGAAGUUAUUACUUUUGGAAAUAAUCUGGCUCAAGGCACUUCACAAAUGCAAAAUUUCAGUGAUUCAGAACAGUUGAAUCAAAUUCCUUUCAAUUUGGUUAAUAGAAAUAGGGCAUUGCAGCUCAAUCACAGUGUUCAAAUUCUCUGUCAGGGCUAUGGUUUCACAAAUCAGCAGCUCAUUGUUCUUAGGGCUCAGAUAUUGGCAUUCAAACAAUUAAAACAUGGACGAACUAUACCACCAGAUGUAAUUGGAUGCAUUGGGCCACUGCCACUUACCGAACAUGAAGAUCAAGUUUUUUCAGAAACAGUAUCAACUGGUAAGUUAAAACAUCAUAAAGAACAAGUAAAUGCUUUAAAUAAUGGAACCAGGGGCCAAAAUUUAGUUGAAGCAAAAAAUAAUCCAGAGGGUUUAUUUUUAGAUGAAGAUGCAAGGAAUGUCACCGCUCAUAAAAACUUCUAUGCUCAAAUACGUAUGCAUUUAGAUAGAAGCCAAAUCAUGCUUAACAGAAAAAAUGCAGAAAAACUCUCUGUUAAUGGUGGUGAGAAGAAGCAAAUACUGGGAAUGAUAUUUAGUGAAAAUGGCCAUGAAAAAGGAGAGAUCAGUAGUGUUCAAUUGAGAACGAAGGAAAAUGUUGCAGCUGUCAUGAAGCCAGACAUACCAAGGGGGAACAAAUCUGAUACAGGAGGAAACAACUUUAUCAUGUUGAAAUCUUCUUCCAUAGCUGUUCCUGGUCAGACUGAAAAUUUUACUGGGCCUGCAUUUGAAAAACAUCCAAUGAAUAUAAAUCAUGUAAGAAAAUAUGUUGGUCCACUUUUUGACUUUCCACAAUGUGGGAAGACAGAUGAUUUUGUUCCAAUGUCUACUCAUGUAUACGGUCCUUUUACUUUAGGAUAUGACAUAAAGGAAUUGUUGUCUGAAGAAGGAUUACAUGUUUUUGAAAAGAGGAGGACAGAUAAGUUGAGGAAAGUGAAUUGUUUGCUGGAAAUGAAACGGAAUGGAUGGAAAAUUAGAUUUGAUUUUUUUCGAAAGCUCCAAAUUGAAGAACGCAUGCUCCGCCUACUAGAUGUUCAGAAGCAGUUAAGGGAUGAAAUUGAUCGACAGCAACGGCAAAUUAUGAUGAUGUCUGAUAGGACAUAUUGUAAAUUUGUGCGGUUUUGUGAACGUAAAAGGACCAAACUUGCCAGGAAUGUCACAGUCUCUCUAAAGGCAAAUCAUGAAAAACAAUUGAAGGAGGCUUUUCGAGGUCGCAAAAGGUUUCUGAAAACUAGCUGGAUCAAUACAGAUGCUAGGCUUAUUCGUAACAGAGGGGUUGCCAAAUACCAUGAGAGAAUGUUGAAGGAGUAUUCAAAAAUGAAGGAUGAAGACCACAAUGAGAGAAUGGAAGCUUUGAAAAAUAAUGAUCUUGACUGUUACCGUGAAAUGUUGGAACAGCAAACUCAAUUAUCUGGUGAUGCUCGAGAUUGCUAUAAAAUCUUGUCUUCCUUCUUGUCACAGACAGAAGAGUAUCUGCAGAAACUAGGAGCAAAACUAAUAGCAGUAAAGAAUAAUCAAAAGGUGGGGGAAGCAAUAAUGGUCUCUGCUUCAGCUGCCUCGUUACAGGGUGUUUCUGAAGAUGUUGACAGGAUAGCAACUCAUGCACAGGAGGAGGAAGUGAAUAGAGAUGUUUCCUCAGCAUGUGGCCCAUUUAGAGAUAAUAUAUCCAUAAACAAGUAUUACAAUUUGGCACAUAUAGUAAAUGAAAAAAUUAUGCAUCAACCUUCCAUGCUUCAAGGUGGGACAUUGCAUGACUACCAAUUGGUUGGGUUGCAAUGGAUGCUUUCUUUGUACAAUAAUCAGCUAAAUGGGAUUUUGGCAGAUGAGAUGGGUCUUGGCAAGACGGUGCAGGUAAUGGCUCUGAUUGCAUAUCUUAUGGAGUUCAAGGGAAAUUAUGGGCCCCACCUCAUUAUUGUGCCAAAUGCUGUUAUUGUCAACUGGAAGAGUGAGCUGUGUCGUUGGCUGCCAUCGUUAUCUUGUAUUUUUUAUGUUGGUACCAAAGAUCAAUGCACAAAACUGUAUGCUCAGGAUGUUCUUGGCAUGAAGUUCAAUGUUCUUGUUACUACAUAUGAAUUUAUUAUGCGUGACCGUGCAAAGCUUUCAAAAUUAUAUUGGAAAUAUAUCAUCAUUGAUGAGGCACAUCACAUUAAAGACAGAGAAUCUCAAUUAUCACAUGAUCUAGAUAGUUUUCAGAGUCAGAGGAGGUUGCUACUUACAGGAACUCCGUUACAGAAUGACCUGCAAGAACUUUGGUCACUUCUCAACUUACUGCUACCAGAUGUUUUUAAUAAUUUUAAAGUCUUCAAUGAUUGGUUCUCCAAGCCCUUUUUAAAGGAUGUAUAUUCUAAUAAGAGAUCUGAGGAUGUCUUCCUUGAAAUAGAGAAGAAAGUGAUCAUCAUUCACAGAUUGCAUCAAAUUUUGGAGCCAUUCAUGCUUCGUCGUCAAGUGAAAGAUGUUGAAGGCCAGCUUCCACCAAAGGUUUCAGUGGUGCUGAGAUGUAAAAUAUCAGCACUUCAGGCAGCAAUCUAUGAUUGGGUAAAAUCCACAGGUACACUUAGGCUAGAUCCAGAGAGUGAGACCAGGAGAGUGGCAGGAAACAAGAAACGGCAAGUGCGAGUGUAUGCUCCACUCAAGAACAAAUGUAUAGAAUUAAGGAAGGUCUGCAAUCACCCAUUCCUAAGUUAUGAUUUUUAUGGUAAAUAUACAAAUGACUACUUGGUAAGGACAUGUGGAAAGCUCUGGGUUCUUGAUAGAGUCUUGAUAAAGCUUCAUAGUGCAGGGCAUCGUGUACUCUUAUUCAGUACGAUGACAAAAUUGCUUGAUAUUUUAGAAGAAUAUUUGCAAUGGCGUGAUCUGAAGUAUAGACGGAUAGAUGGUUCAACUAGCCUAGAAGAUAGAGAAACAGCUAUAGUUGAUUUCAACAAGACUGGAAGUGAAUGCUUUAUCUUUCUGCUCAGCAUUUGUGCUGCUGGAAGGAGUUUGAAUCUUCAGUCUGCAGACACAGUCAUUAUUUAUGAUCCAGAUGCCAACCCCCAAAACGAGCAGCAGGCAGUAGCUAGGGCACACCGAAUUGGACAAAAGAAAGAUGUCAAAGUUAUAUAUAUGGAAUCUGUUGUGGACAUAGUAACCAGCUCCUAUGUGGAAGAUGAAUUACGAAGUGGUAACAUGCUAGAUGUGGAACAUGAGUUAGCAGGAAAAGCGAGAUAUAUGGGAUCUGUGGAAAGCCUUAUUCGAAGCAGCAUUCAGCAGCACAAGAUGGACAUGGCAGAUGAGGUGAUAAAUGCAGGGUGCUUUGAUCAGAGGACAACCCAAGAGGAACGCCGUAUGACAUUAGAAGCACUUUUACAUAAUGAAGAGAGGUGCCAAGCAAUUGUCCAUGAUGUACCUUCAAUGCAAGAAGUAAAUAGAUUAAUUGCAAGAAGUGAAGAGGAAGUUCACAUGUUUGAUGAAAUGGAUAAGGAAUGGGAUUGGCCUGGUGAGAUGAUGAAGCAUUGCGAUAUACCAACCUGGCUUCGUGUUGGUUCUGCUGAAAUAAAUGCAGCUGUAGAUGUCAUGUCAAAGAAGGUUUUUACAGGUGUACCAAUGGAGAUCAUUGGUACGAAAGAAGAAGAGGAAAGGGUGCCGGCAAUGUCUCUGCAAACUUUUCAUAUAAAGGGUGUACCAAACUUGAAGAACUCAUUUUAUAGUAAAACUAAAAAGUCUUCCUGUACUAAACUGCAAUUACCUGACAAAGAUAUAAAUGGACGAUAUAUAAAGGAUGAAUGCCAAGAGUAUUUCAAAACAAGUGCAGAAGAGAAGAAUGCUUUAUUUGUAGAUAAUGAAGAGAAAAAACCAGUAGAUUACUUAGACAAAGAGGAGCCAAGUGAAGAAGCAGUAUUUAAAGAGACUCAUAUAAAAUGUGUAGACAAGGAAAUUCAGAGACAAAAGUUUGUACCUAUAAAAUGUUCAAGUUCGGCUGCAAAUGAUAAGGGUUUGCAUUUUGGAGAAGAUCUCAAGGAUGGGGAGGAUACUUUAUCAGAACUAUCAUCUCAAUAUGAAAAGUUAAAUAAAGGAUAUGUAUCUUGUAGACCAGCAUCAUCUCAAAAAUUCAUAUCCUUGGCUGCCUUUGAAGUGAAGCCAGUGACCCACCAAUUGAAGGUAUAUGAAAAGGCUGAUGAUGGUGAGAGAGCAAUUCUACCAACAAAAAAUAAACGGAAGAGGGGUGGAUCACAUUGCCGUAGGUGGUCUGCAGUGAAACUACGCCCAUAUUUCUAUGAGAAAUUCAAUUAUAAUCUGAGUUGGAGAUCCAUACAUUGUGGUUUGCACACAGUACUUAAGCAGAAAGAAAAUUCUAUUAGAGAACCAUUUAAUAAUGGAUCUGGUGAAUGUGGCGUGCAUCCAAUGGGGCGGCAACUUUUUACAUGUGAAGACAAGUUGCUGGAGGGACAUACAGUUUUCCACUCACAUUGUGUGGAUAAAUCCCACGAGUUCAAUGGGCCCUCGGAACUUGCUGAGUCUGCAAGCUGUGCUGGUGAAACGCUUAUGUGUGUGAACGCGCAAAAGUGUAAGAAUGUUCUCAGCAAACUGCUGUGUGCUGUUAUAAAGGAUGCAAGGCAACGAGCAGCUAGCUUUUUGGAGUUUUCUGAGUGGGACAAGAAUCCAGGCUACUCCAGGGUCAUCACGAACCCUAUUAUUGCUCAAAUGAUCAUGCAACGGCUUGAUCGCUAUGAGUAUGCCAGUGUUUUAGACUUUGUGGCAGAUGUGCGGUUGAUGCUUGAAAAUGCAAUUUGGUAUCAUAACGAUUCUGAAGAGGCAGGAGCAAGAAGAUUGCAAGAACUGUUUUUCCAGCAAAUGGCCCAUACCUUUCCAUAUCUGAAUAUUAGUUCAAUAAAAUCCCAAUUUUCAUAUGUACAUGCUCACUCAAGUCCUCUUUCUGCACAGUUUCAAGAAAAUCAAAAAGAAAUAAUGUCAGAAAACAGGAUGGAAAGUAAAGCUGGUGAAGCUGGAGAGGUCCCUUCUACUACAGAGCUUGUUACUGGUAAAAUGAAGCAAAAGCAAAUAGGCAAAGAGGAGAACAAAGCCAGGAUAGUUCCUAAGGUGCCUGAUACUAGCAAAAUGUUGGUUGGACUGUCCUUUGAUUACCCUUCUCAAGUUUCUUAUUCUAAAAAGAGGCAAAUCAGUAAGCUUGAAUCUCUAUGCGAGUUUCGGUGGCCUGCCCAUCUAAAGAAACCUAGGACUGGUAUUGGCCAUAGGAGACACAGUUUUCAGUAAUUGAUGUGAGAACUUUUUGCAUUCACGUUACAUUUUUGCAUCGACUGAAAGUUGUACAUAUCGGGAAAGGUUAGGUAUUGGUGGCUUUGUAAUUGUAAAAUAUGUGCUGCAUAUGACAUGAAAGUAAAUCCUAUUGAAUUUUUGGUUCUAAACUAAGGACCUUAAUCACCAUAAAUAUCUUUUUGAUAAAUAGAAUGUGAAAUGAUGUGACAAUAAGAUCUGGAGAAUCAGGGACAUCAAGAUGCUUUUUGAACUCAUCCCUAGCUUAUUCUGCAUAGCCAUUGUAGCAUGGCUAUAUGUAUAGCACAGUAAAUGUUAUAGUUAUUAGGUGUAUUGUGCAUGGCUUGCUAAUUGUAUAUUGUUCAUAUCAGGCAUGCAUACCUACUGCUUACCAGGUUCAAAAGUGGACAUCUAUGAAUACUUGUGUCUCCACCAUUAGGUCCGCUUAGGAUGUACAUAGAGAAGGUGCUUUAUUAUGUUGCUCAAGCAUGUACGUUAUCAAACAGAUUUGUGCAGCAAGUAUUCCACAAAAUGAAGAAAUGAAAUACUUUGUUCUAGCGGACAAUACAGCCACUUAAGUUUUUUUAACAUCA